GCCGGCACAGAGAACAAGCUGAGCACGCUGUCGGACCUGGAGCAGCAGUACCGCACUCUGCGCAAGUAUUAUGAGAACUGCGAGGUGGUGAUGGGCAACCUGGAGAUCGCGAGCAUCGACCGCAAGCGAGACCUCUCCUUUCUGCGGUCAAUCCGGGAAGUCACCGGCUACGUCCUGGUGGCGCUGAACCAGUUUGAGUACCUUCCCCUGGAGAACCUUCGCAUCAUCCGUGGCACCCAACUGUACGAGGACCGAUACGCCCUGGCCAUCUUCCUCAACUACCGACGCGAUGGCAACUUUGGGCUUCGACGGCUUGGCCUGAAGAACCUCACGGAAAUCCUGAAUGGAGGUGUUUACGUGGACCAGAACAAAUUCCUGUGUCACGCCGACACCAUUCACUGGCAGGACAUUGUCAAGAACCCUCGGUCCGAGCUCCUGGUGGUGCCGACCAACAGCAGCGUUGGAUGCCUGCGAUGCCACCGGACCUGCAACGGUCGCUGCUGGGGCCCCCGGGAGGACCAGUGCCAGACCCUGACGCGGACGGUGUGUGCGGAGCAGUGUGACGGCCGCUGCUUUGGGCCCUACGUCAGCGACUGCUGCCACCGGGAGUGUGCGGGAGGCUGCUCUGGCCCCAAAGACACCGACUGCUUUGCGUGCACCAACUUCAAUGACAGCGGCGCCUGCGUCACCCAGUGCCCCCAACCCUUCGUGUACAACCCCACCACCUUCCAGCUGGAGCACAACCCUAAGGCCAAAUACACCUAUGGAGCCUUCUGCGUCAAGAAGUGUCCACACAACUUUGUGGUGGACCACAGCUCCUGCGUGCGUGCCUGCCCCAGCAACAAAAUGGAGGUGGAGGAGAAACACAUCAAACUGUGCAUCCCCUGCACUGACAUCUGCCCUAAAGCCUGUGAUGGCAUAGGCACAGCCAGCUUGCAGACAGCACAGACCGUGGACUCCAGCAACAUCGACAAGUUUGUCAACUGCACCAAGAUCAACGGCAACUUGGUGUUCCUCGUCACCGGAAUCAAAGGGGACGUGUACCACGGUAUCGAAGCACUGGACCCUGAGAAGCUCAACGUUUUCCGCACCGUUAAGGAAAUCACAGGUUUCCUGAACAUCCAGUCCUGGCCAGAGAACUUGACAGAUCUCAGCGUCUUCUCCAAUCUGGCAACCAUCGGCGGGAGGUCGCUCUACAGCGGUAUCUCGCUGCUCAUCCUCAAGCAGCAGUGGAUGUCCUCCCUGCAGCUGCAGUCGCUGAAGGAGAUCAGCGCCGGCAACAUCUACAUCACCAACAACAGCCGCCUGUGCUACUACAACACGGUCAACUGGACCAGCCUGUUCCGCACGAACACCCAGAAGGCCCUCGUCCGCAACAACCGCGACCCCAAGGCAUGCAUUCUGGAGCGGAAGGUGUGCGACCCGCUUUGCUCCGAUGCCGGUUGCUGGGGGCCCGGGUCAGACCAGUGCCUGACAUGCCGCUACUUCAGCAGGGGGCGCUUCUGUGUGGACAAGUGCAACCUGUACGAAGGGGACGUGCGAGAGUUUGCCAAUGGAUCCGUGUGUGUGGAGUGUGACCCCCAGUGCGAGAAGGUGGAUGACGGCUUGCUGACCUGCCACGGCCCAGGCCCCGAUCACUGUGCCAAGUGUUCGCAUUUCAAGGACGGGCCCAACUGUGUGGACAAGUGCCCCGACGGCCUCCAGGGUGCCCACAGCUUCAUCUUCAAAUAUGCCGAGGCCAAUAACGAGUGCCGGCCCUGCCACGCCAACUGCACCCAGGGGUGCGUCGGUCCUCGGAUCCAGGACUGCGUGGGAAUGAUUGACAGGACCCCCCUGAUCGCUGCCGGGGUGAUCGGGGGGCUGUUUGUGGUGGUCAUCGUAGCAUUGAGCGUCGCCGUCUACGUCCGCCGCAAGAGCAUCAAGAAGAAGAGGGCCCUCCGGCGCUUCCUGGAGACGGAGCUCGUAGAGCCCCUCACCCCGAGUGGCACGGCACCCAACCAGGCACUGUUGCGCAUUCUGAAGGAGACGGAGCUGAAGCGGGUGAAGGUCCUUGGGUCCGGGGCCUUCGGCACCGUCUACAAGGGCAUCUGGGUACCAGAAGGUGAGACGGUGAAGAUCCCGGUGGCCAUAAAGAUCCUCAAUGAGACAACAGGACCGAAAGCUAACGUGGAGUUCAUGGACGAGGCGCUGAUCAUGGCCAGCAUGGACCACCCUCACCUGGUGCGUCUGCUGGGCGUGUGCUUGAACCCCGCUGUGCAGCUGGUCACGCAGCUGCUGCCCCAUGGCUGCCUGCUCGACUACGUGCGCGAGCACAAGGACCACAUCGGCUCUCAGCUGCUGCUUAACUGGUGUGUCCAGAUCGCGAAGGGCAUGAUGUACCUGGAGGAGCGCAGGCUGGUGCACAGGGACCUGGCUGCACGCAACGUGCUGGUCAAGUCCCCAAACCAUGUCAAGAUCACCGACUUUGGCCUGGCACGGCUUCUGGAUGCCGAUGAGAAGGAGUACAAUGCUGAUGGAGGCAAGAUGCCCAUCAAGUGGAUGGCUCUGGAGUGCAUCCAUUACAGGAAGUUCACGCACCAGAGCGACGUGUGGAGUUACGGGGUGACCAUCUGGGAGCUGAUGACGUUCGGAGGCAAACCCUAUGACGGGAUCCCAACCAGGGAGAUCCCGGACCUCUUGGAGAAGGGGGAGCGCUUGCCCCAGCCGCCCAUCUGUACCAUCGACGUCUACAUGGUCAUGGUCAAAUGCUGGAUGAUCGACGCCGACAGCCGGCCCAAGUUCAAGGAGCUCGCGGCCGAGUUCUGCAGAAUGGCUCGCGACCCGCAGCGCUACCUGGUCAUCCAGGUGAGACUCGGCACUCGAGUCCUGCCAGGGGUGGCUCCCCGUGCAUUUCCUGUCUCCGCCCCUCAAAGGGGACCCUCUCGUACAUGUCCCACGCAGGGCGACGAUUGCCUGAAGCUGCCGAGCCCCAACGACAGCAAGUUUUUCCAGAGUUUGCUGGACGAGGAGGAGCUUGAGGACCUGAUGGAUGCUGAGGAGUACCUGGUCCCACAGGCCUUCAACAUCCCACCACCAGCCUACACGCCCCGCACGCGUGUCGAUUCCAACCGGAACCAGUUUGUUUACCGAGAUGGAAGUUUUGGUGUCGGGGAGACCGGGCCUGUCCACACGGGGACAGCAGCAGGGGUUGCUGGGUUCCCUUCGACCGAGAGGCAGACGGGACCCCAGGGGACGCCCCUAGAGGACCCACGGUGCAACGGCACCCUGCGCAAGCAAGCGUCGCCCCACAUGGGGGAGAGCAGCGGUGUGCAGCGAUACAGCGCGGACCCCACCGUGUUCCUGGCGGAACGUGGACCCCGGGCUGGGGAAGACGAAGACGGCUACGUGAGCCCCGAGCAAGACAAGACCUCUUCGGAUUAUCUAAACCCCGUCGAGGAGAACCCCUUCAUCACUCGGCGCAAGAAUGGUGGCGUGCAUGCUCUGGAUAACCCUGGCUACCAUGGGGCCCCCAGUGGACACCCCAAGGUGGAUGAGGAGUACAUCGGUGACCACCUAUACUUCAAUGCCUUCCACAAUGCCGGGGAGAAGAGCAAGAAUGGAGUUUCGCUUCCGCACCCUGCGGCGGCCUCUGCCGUCGGUGCCGGCUCUGCUCAUCCCAACCAGGGAGGCCAGGCUUCUCAGUCGGGCCAGCCUGGCCACACCCUGCACCCCACUCAACCCAGCCACCCAGGGCAAAAUGGCAACCCCACUCAGGGUGGCUAUCCGUUCCAUGCCGCCCCCACUGGGCACAGCCUCCACCCAGGCAUUCCUCCACAAACUGGCACCAUCCUGGCUGACAAGAAGCCCAAGAAGACCUUUGACAAUCCAGAGUACUGGCACCACAGCCUGCCGUCUAAGGCUAGCCUGCACAACCCCGAGUACCUUCCGGAAUGCAACACCAAGUUCUUCUACAAACAGAACGGCCGCAUCCGGCCGGCUGUGGCCGAGAACCCGGAGUACCUAGCCGAGUUUUCUCUCAAACCCGGAAUGGUGUUGCCACCCCCGCCCUACCGGCAGCGGAAUACGGUGGUGUAGAUGGCCAGUGGCAGAAAAGGUCAGCGGACCAGGGGAUGGGAGGAGGGCCUUUCUGCAGCACUCUCCUUCAUCUCAGCCUGGUUCCUGUACCAGCAAUUUCACAGCUUUCAGUUCUUAACUUCUCUGGAACCAGAGGUGGACCACUGACUGCCGUUCACCACCACCUGACUCUAACCUGGACUCUUCACAACCUUGCUCCAACCUCACCAUGACAAGAUCUCCGGAAACAGAUGUUUCUGAAGUUGUUGUCUAACGUCGCAUUGGACUCAGUCUCCCUUGUCCCUGGAACCUAAUGUGGACUAGCAGAGCGCUGUCAAAGCAAUAUGGAGGCAGGUUGCCAUGUGGCACAAGAGGCAGACACUCACUGUUUGGCUACAAGGUGGAUGCUUCAUCCGCGUGCGUGCAAGAGAGCUAUGACCAAGCUCACAGACCAACUGUAAUAUGUACUUAAAAUGUUGACUGUGAUGGGAAGUACCCAGAGUUUUCACGUUCUUAUCGUCAUAAGCUCUUUCACAGCUAUGCCGGCUGUCUUUGCUGGCUGAUUAAAGUGAAGCACAGAGAGGGAUUUUACCCAUCCAUUCGUUGUGGUUUUUCUGCAUCCGGCCCAUGGAUUACUAUUUCUUACGCGCAACCUCAUUGUCCCUACCUGUGUGUAUUCUCAACCUCAUCCACGUGCAAUCUGCGUGCUGCGAGCACCUUACAUGAUCUGUAGAUGAACACUGGAGUUUUUGUGUCACGUCAGGAGCCAACCACGCACACCCUCCAGUUCACGUUGUGAGGGUUUUGAGGUGUAGAGCACUUUACGGUCGGCCCGAUUCUGGAUUUUGAAAUACACUGCUGUGAGGCUCCUUUUCUGGAAGGAUUCCGGGCUUCAGGACUUUGCACAGAGGACACUUAAACAGGGUGUCUCCAUGCAACGGCGUGGAAACAAAGCUAAUGUCAAGUCUUUCCGAUAAGGUGACUGUUAAAUUCUGACUGGGCUCAGAAAUGACUAAAAGAUCAGUGGGUCUUUGAACCUUGAGCAGUAUGGAGCAACCAUUCAAUGGGGUUGUGAAAGAGUUGCUACAUCUCUGUUUUCUGGAGUGGUUUUCUGCAGCUUCUGUCAAGGAGACAUUCAAAGAUGGCUUUCAAUGAGAAAAGGUGAAGAAUUUCAUAUUAUAUAUGAAAAUCGGAGUGCAGAAACAAAGGGUAAGACAAGAACAGGCCAAGAAUUAAAUUACCCCACCACUGACCAUCUACACGAACCAUGUCUUUCAAAAUGAGACAAAAACUCGAUGGCGCUAAUUUCAAGCCGGAAAUGAAGGUAGAGAGUAGUUCGGGGCACCGAUGCUUAGGUGCCCUGCUGCCAAAACAAAGCCUGGGGGACAAGCAGUGAGGAAGAGAAGCAGCUGAGUUGAAGCCAUGUGCUGAAAAGAGUUGCAGGGUCACCAUGAGGAGGUGCAUAGUAUGACCGAAGAUGUUGAGUUUUGACAUCCCGUUCCAUGCACGCCAGUCUGUUUUCUUACUCACGGACAUUGUUCAGUUCCAUUCAGAACUCAAAACUGUGCCGACAAGCCAGAGAGGCUUGUUUUAAUGAGGAACUAGUACGUUGCAAUAAUCGAUAUCGUAGGCGUUCAUCAUACCGCGUCAACGGGCAGCCCGAGUGCAGGACCGAAGGAGAACACUGCCAGAAGUUACACUCUGCUGCUAAGGGGAGUGCACUUGGCUAAAAGCUUUCACAUCAAGCUGCUCAUUUGAUUAGCCGGCACUCGAAGCUCUCUUUCAUCCCAACUACUUCACUGCCGUCCUCAUCAGAAUGACAGGUUGGCUCUCUGCCUGCUCAUCUGCCUUGCAUCAUCAUUGAACCUUGCUGUCUAGAAGCUGUUGUUGGUAACUCUUGUAAAUUUGAGCACAUGUGGAGACAUGCCCCGUGCUGGGAACCUGCACCACCGAGGAAGAAAGGAUUUACAUCCUCAUGAGAGUGUAUACCUUUGUGCAAGACUUUGGGGGCCGCAUGCCGUUUUAGAUGUGCCAAAUGGCGUGUACAAAUUUAUGAAUAAGGAAUAUGCAUCGACUCCCUUGUAAUGUAUGAAUAACGGUGUGGCUGUAGCGUUGAGAAGAAGUGAUGUGCUGAGGUUUGGUGACUCGGAUCCAUGGUAUACACUGGAGCCUCGCUGGACAGCCCUCCCAGCUCGUUGAUGGAUCAUUGGUGGGAACUGGAACCCGGUGAGCUGAGUUCUACGACACCAGGGCCAGUUUGUCCUGGUAAGAGCGACAUGAGUGAAACGCACUUGUCACCACUGCUAAGGAUGAGGAUCCUGUCGGUGAGUCGGGCUGGUCGAAAGUAGUUAAAAAGUUUUGGCUGUACCAGGCAAUUUUUUGUAUCUCAUGUUAUUAUUACUAUUAUUAUUAUUAUUAUUAUUAUUGCUGUUAUUGUUAAUAUUAUUAUUAUUAUUAGUCCGUGCAUUCAUUUGCAUUCAUUACUUUAGAGUACCAUAGACAGUUUUGCAUAUGUGUGUUAAGGAGUUUGCUCAUAAUACCAGGCUCACUGUCCUCACGAGUGCGCGGCUGUGAUCCGAGAGCAGCGUCCUGGGACAGCUUUCUCUCUGCCUUUAGAUCAGAAUUUUUCCCUGUGACUCUGAAAGGUGAUGGACAAUGUCUUGGCUUCCGCCAACCUGACUUCCGUCCUUGGUCCGUAGACCUCGGUGGGGUCCGAUGCGUCUGACACAGCUGAUGCCCACUGGUGCCAGCAAACAGGCUUCCCGGACAGGAAUGGUCUCUGAGGUUCAUAAAUAGCAAUGACCGUUUCAUCACAGGAGGACUGCAGAACGGUCGCGGGUGUCCUACCGUGACCGUCUCCGCCGCCCCGCUGUCGACGGCCAGGGACACUGCCGCCUCCUUUCGAAACGUGUUUCUGACGUCUAUGUAGCAUACACUGUUACUGGGUCAUGUGAACUGAACUGUAUUUAAAGCAAAACAAGCAGCUAACUGAGGAACAACUGGACCAUUCGAGGGCCAGAAGGAGGCGUCACUCCGCACACGGUAACGAAAACGUGAAAAUGUAAAUAGACGACGUUACAGGUGAAAGAGUAACAAACAUAGCGCUUCCUCCAGGUAUCAGUGUGUCUUUGUAGUUCUAGCAGAACCACACAUUCAUAUAUUUAAUUAACAUGUUUCGGGUUCUAAAUGUCAUUUUUUAUUAUUUCACACAUAUUUAGGUGUAUAAAUAGGGAUACGGUGUUUUAAUCACUUGAAUGAUUGUGAAAAGAAUAAAAGUAUUACUUUGUUAGUGUUAAAAUAUCGGUUAUUGUUUUAUUGCAGGAGUGUAAAAACUGACUGGCGGAUAGUUAAGGAGGUUUUUUUUUUUAUUUUUUUAACUUGUUUACAGUUUAGUUAUUGAUAUGGAACAAUGGUAGGAUAACAAUCGCCAGUAGUGUUGUUAUAAACUUUUUAAAUGAUUUUCUUUCAGUAUUCUUGUAGGUUUUAACCAGCCUGAAGAAAGCAGCUCUUGUUUUACAACAGGGUCACAGCGAGUGAAGCUGAAUAGCUGAUCCCUCCGCAGGGAAUAACAGUGGAAAAAAAUAAGUGCAAUGCAAUGCAAUGCAUACAAUAAUAAUGAUAUUACUGUACUUAAGGACACUUCGUAGCAAGAACUGAUUCUUACUGCAUUGCGAUGCUUCCUUCCAUAAUUGAAAUAAUGACCAUUUGGGGGAAAAGCACCAUUUAAGUAUUCAAAAGUGUCUUUUGCAUAUUCUACAGUUAUUUGGGGGCGAUUAUGGUCAUUCUGCAAGCUUGGCAUGACAACACAGAAAGAUGAAGAUUAUUAAUCGUAAUAAGGUAAAAACAGUGUUUUCUUAGAUGCCCCUGUAUAAGGGAGUAAUGACAUGGUUGGAGCCCUUUAACAGGUUGUUAGCGAUCUGGGAGCCUUUCCCAGAACCGCUGUAACAUUAUGACGCCUCUAAGUUCAUUAACUUUCUUCUGCAGUCUUGGUAAUACCGCAGCGCUUCUGGGAAACGGACCCCCGUGUCGCAAUUUGGUUUAAGCUUCUGAGAAGAAAGUGCUGAGCUAUUCUCUGUGAUAUCUCAAUAAGUGCCCUGGGUGUACUUAAAUAAACAUUAACGCAUUAGAAAAUAUCUGCAAGGUACAUUUUUAUGUCAAAAACUUUACACAAAUUAGAAUUAAGUGCUCUAAUUGAUUAUCGAUGGCGUUGCACAAAGUGAGAUGGAUAUUAAUGACUUCGUUAGCUAUUCGGAGCAGCUUCUCAGAUGGGAUUCGUAGGGAUUCCGAUCGCUUUCGUAAACGUGCGAAAAGGAACAGGUGACACAGAGGUCAAAAACGGUCAUGCGGCCACGUUCUGAUUUUUUUUUUUUUUCUUUUCGGGAGGGGUACCGUCAUUGUACCCUCUAGACAAAUAUUGUCUUUGUGUUUCAGAGGGUUUGUAACUAUUAUAAGAAUUGUGCGUAACCCCCAUCACCAGUGCUUAACGACUGUGCGCUACUAUUACCAUUGGAUUACUCUCUAGAACAAGGCCAAAAAAAGUUUACCAAAGUGAUUAAAUCCAGUGGUAAAUUUCCUUUUUUUAGCUUCGGCAAACACGGUAAGCCUCUGUUGUAACAGGAUGACAUUUUCGUCACGUAUUUAUAUUCCAUAUCUUGGAGAACUCUUCUUUAUGUCAGUCAGUGGCACAUUUUCAUUGUUUCUUUAUUGCAUAAAUACUAAAACUACUUUAUCCGCUGUUGAAUUUAACAUUGUCGUGUAAAUUUUGUCUCGUGUACCUUAAUUGCUGGAAGUAUGGUAAUAGUCAUUGUUUAAGAUAUUAUGCUUAACAUAUUUUUACUGACGUUUGUCACACUGACAAAUUUGGAGGAAGGUUGAUUUCUUUUGUUCCAUUAAUAUUUACACAGGCAUGUGGAAAGGUUGUUCCUCAGAACCUACUGCAUGUUCGCCGAAAAAUGUGAAUAGUAUUUUUAUAGAGGGACGAAGAAUUGGCCGGGCGUAUUUGUACAUAUUGGGGAAUGUUGCUUUUCGUUUUUUCUUCUCUUUUGUAAUUUUAUUUCUUACCACGGUACAGUAUAGGUUUACUUUGAACACGGUUGUCUACUAGUGACCGGACAUAUGUUUCUGUGUAUGUGUGUGAUUCGGACGGCGGGUUUCGACUUGACCAGGUCACGCGUUCGAACCCGCGUCUGUGGCACUUUCCCGUGAGCCUCUGUACUUAGCGAUGCUUUGUGACCUUUGUGGUUUUGAACCUCAGCGUUUUGCUGACGUGGUAGGAGCUCUCGUCACUGUCGGAUGUGCCUCCCCCCCCCCCGACCCCCCACCGCUCAUUUACACUUUUGUAAUAAACUGAUGCUCUGAUGAUGAGUUGAGCGGACACUGACCUCCAUCCUGCCGUCCUGUGGCUUGACGCCACGUGCGGCAGAUUCGUAGGCGGGGAUUAUGGCCCGGCUGGUGCUCGUGGUGCCGCCCGCAGCUCCUCACGGCGAGGGGGCCUGGGGUUCGAAUCCAGCGUGUCGCGUAUCGAGGGGCGCCCUAGUGGGAGGCGUUCAGCACAGUCCCUCACACGUUCGUAGCACAGCUCUGAGUGAGCGCACCCAUGUCCCGCCCGCCCUUCCUACAGAACACAUUUGAUCAAAGUGGAAAAAAAAAAUAAAAUAAAACAAAGAACAAAUUGCUCAUCAAGCGUCGUUCUUAUCCUGGUCGAGUUUCUCCUUCUUAAUUUCUGCUGGUUGAAUACUCGGCUGAUUGGCGCAGCGACUGACGUCUCCGGGGUCAGCUUCCCGCUCACGCAGACACCCCCCCCGACUGUCCCGAUUCAGACACCAACGAGUGCAGAUCUGAGUAAAUCCCCCCCCCACCCCCCCCCACACACACACACCCUCUUGGUUUGGCGCCACUGACUCCAGCUGUUUUACCACACGGAAGGCUUAAGCAUUUAAAUACG